AUGGAAUUUAUAGAGCCAUUGAACGCUCACCAUCGCCUGACCGCCCACCGCCACCCAAGCGUCCGCCGCCGCCUAAGCGCCCGCUACCGCCUAAGCGUUCACUGCCCUCUUCACCGUUCAAAAGCACACCGUCGCCCAAACCUCCAAAAACCCAAAGGGCUUUCGCCUAUCGUUCAGAUGAAAAGACCUCUUCAGCGCUACCAUGGCGAUGGCGAUGACGAUGACGAUGGUCGUAUUUACCAGGGCCCUAAGCAGUUUUCGAGGCCCUCUUCCAAAAAUAAAAAGAAAAAGAAGAUUGACACAAUGGCACGCUUUUUUGACAGAGCAGGAUAG